UUGAGGAGCACCACAGUCUGCCUGCGUUCUCAAAGUCCCUGAAAUUAAGCUGGUGUGAGGGGUAAGAUCUCUGUGUCGGUGGACGGGAACCUGACCAGAAAGCUGCUGGCUAUGGAAACCUCCAGGGUGAAGGUAUGGGCCGUGUUUCUCAGCUGUGUUUCUGUGUCUGUACUGUGUGCUCUUCAUGCACAGGCCCAGCAAGAUUUUUCAGGCUUCCUCUCAGGUGAACUUAUGUAUGAAGGAUCAUUAGUGGAGAGAUAUGAUGAAAAUUCUGGAUACACACACCAUGUUAAUUAUCCACAAGAGUCCAGACGCAGCGAUGAAGAUGAGCAUUCGGCAUCUGGCUUCGAUCCUCAUGCACCAGACGUCACCAUGAUCACAGAAGAGACUUACCCCUACGCCACAAACGUGGAGUCUUUUGAUUACGCCAAAGAGGAUAAAACCUUGAUGACAGAGGUUCCAUAUGGAGGUGAUGCUGAACUGGGACAGGAGGAGGGGCCCACCGCAUGCAACUGUGAACCAGGAGAGCCUGGAUUUGCUGGCUUUGCCGGCCCCAAGGGUUCCAAAGGUCUCCAAGGCAAGCAGGGGUUCCCUGGGAUCCAAGGAAGAGAGGGUUACAAAGGUACCAAAGGGGUGAGAGGAAGAGGAGGGGACACUGGCCCAGUGGGCGACUCUGGACCUGAUGGAGAGGACGGUGAAUCUGGUUUCUUUGGUGCAAUUGGCCUUCCUGGAUUACCAGGUGACCCAGGUGAAUCUGGACUAUCUGGAAUAAAGGGUGAAAUCGGAAUUGAAGGUCCACUUGGAGGAGUGGGGGAAAAGGGAAAGACUGGUGCAGUUGGUUCAAAUGGAAAACCCGGAAAGCCAGGAGGUAAAGGUGUUAAAGGUUCCAUUGGAAAAACAGGGAAACAGGGUCCUGAUGGCCGACAGGGGCAAAAGGGUCAGACAGGAGCGCCUGGGUUCUCAGGGGAUCGUGGAGAGCAGGGCUACUUGGGCUACUCGGGAAUUCCUGGAGACAGAGGUGUUCGUGGACAAAAGGGUGCCAAAGGUACCGGUGGCUUGCCAGGAAGCGAUGGGGAGCCCGGAGAGGAUGGUCCCUUGGGAGUUCCAGGAGUUGCUGGUGUGCCAGGGCCUUUUGGACCUAGGGGUUUGAAAGGUGAUCGUGGUGUUAAGGGACUUCCUGGAAGAUUAGGAUCUGUGGGUCCACAGGGGGACAGAGGAGAUGCAGGAAUUCCGGGGAAGUCCGGACCAAAGGGCUUGUCAGGGCCAACGGGUGCCAAAGGGGAAACGGGACCAGAUGGUGAGAAGGGAACACUAGGAAGAAAAGGAGUGAAGGGUACUAAAGGAGAAAAGGGAGAUGCUGGUUCUCGGGGUGAUAAAGGACAGCGUGGAGUGCUGGGUCGUUUGGGCCAAGAUGGCCCCGUUGGUCCAAUUGGGCCACCAGGAAUUCCAGGCCCCAGAGGAGAUAUAGGCCCUGGGGGAGAUGUGGGGGGGAAAGGACAAAGCGGCCCUAAAGGAGUGCUAGGUGAACCUGGUCCGGGACUAACGGAUGAACAGAUACUACAGUUGUGCCAAGGGGUGGUCAUUGCUCAGAUCUCCCAAUAUGCUGCAUCAAUACGGACCAAAUGUGCACAGGGCUGUCCGAUCAAUAACCGAACUCUCAUCGGGCCUCCGGGAAUCCCGGGAUUCCCUGGAGAUCGAGGCAAAGCUGGUAAAGCAGGAAAAGCAGGUGCCAAAGGAGAAAGAGGCCAUCCAGGCAUUAAAGGUUUAGAGGGUGAAAAAGGAGCUCAAGGUGACCGAGGCACUAAAGGGCAGAAAGGUAAAAUGGGUGACCCUGGCACAGGUCUUCCUGGACAUGAUGGUCAUCAAGGCCUCAGAGGUCUCCCAGGUCAUCCAGGAGAAGCAAAGGAUGGAGCCGAGGGGCCACGAGGACCUCGUGGGUUUCCUGGCCCUGUGGGUCAGACCGGCAUGGCUGGUAGUGCGGGGAUACCUGGUGUGUGCGAGGCCCGAGACUGCAGCAUUCAUGCGCCUGUAGUGCGCAAAGAGAUGGGGUUGGUCAAGGGCCCUCUCACCCAGAUCUGACAACACUGAGCCUUUUGAGAGGCCUGUUAUAGUGGAUAUCUCCAGCACAGUCCAUGAAAAUUGCAUAUCAGUGAAGUUGUUUUGAAGAUACUAUGUACAGACAGACUGAGACCUGAAAAACUCUACCAGUUUCUAUUUGACUAGAUUCAGGGUUUCUUUUAAAUACUCAAUUACAAAUACCACCAGAAUUUUCAUUGAUAACAAUGUUGUUUAUUAUAAAUACAGUAGACA